CCACCCGCCGCCCUAUACCGCCCCGGCGCGCGAGCCCGUCCUUCAGCCCAGACACAUCGAGCGAGGAUGCCCAGCUGAGGGGCUUCCCCGGCUCCGGCCCUGCAAAGCCCAGGAACCGACCCUAGGUGUCCGUGACGAAUGCCAGACCGGGCGCCUUCACCCUCCCCGCCAAUCCGAGGCGGGCGUGGGACCGGCGGCCUCUCAGAGCCCCGCUGGCCAGGCCGAACGAGUCGAACGCGGAACUAGGGAGCAGGCGGAGCCGGCGCGAGGCCGUUGCUCAGCAGGCCCGGCCUGGCUUUGGGCCCCGGGCCUCCCAGCCGGGGACUCUGCGCUUGCGCUCGCCGGCCGCUGCGUUCCGUCCCGGCGCGGCCGCGGUCCCCGUGCAGCACGCCGCCUGGGUACCUGGGCGAUCCAUGGGCAGCGGCGAGGGCCACGAUGACAGAUUACUGCGAGGAGCAACGCAACGAGCUGGAGGCUCUGGAGGCCAUCUACCCCGACUCCUUCACCGUAUUAUCAGAAAAUCCAACUAGCUUCACCAUUACUGUGACAUCUGAGGCUGGAGAAAAUGAUGAAACCGUCCAGACUACCCUCAAGUUUACUUACAGUGAAAAAUACCCAGAUGAAGCCCCGCUUUAUGAAAUAUUCUCCCAGGAAAAUCUAGAAGAUAAUGAUGUCUCAGGCAUUUUAAAAUUAUUGGCAUUACAGGCAGAAGAAAACCUUGGUAUGGUGAUGAUCUUUACUUUAGUAACAGCUGUGCAAGAAAAAUUAAAUGAAAUAGUAGAUCAAAUAAAAACUAGAAGAGAAGAAGAAAAGAAAAAAAAAGAAAAAGAAGCAGAAGAAGCUGAAAAGCAAUUAUUUCAUGGUACACCUGUUACAAUUGAGAAUUUCUUAAGUUGGAAGGCCAAGUUUGAUGCAGAACUCUUGGAAAUUAAAAAGAAACGAAUGAAAGAAGAAGAGCAAGCAGGAAAAAAUAAAUUAAGUGGGAAACAGCUGUUUGAAACAGAUCAUAAUCUUGACACUUCCGAUAUCCAGUUCUUGGAGGAUGCUGGAAACAAUGUGGAGGUAGAUGAGUCUUUGUUCCAGGAAAUGGAUGACUUGGAACUGGAGGAUGAUGAGGAUGAUCCAGACUACAAUCCGGCUGAUCCAGAGAGUGACUUGACCGACUAAUGGAUUAUCCCUGUCUGCAGAGAGGCUUGACUGCCACAGCAUCUGUGGCUAUGCUGAGAGGGUGUUGAUUUUCCUUUCUUUUUUUCUAAGAAAAAAAUUUUCAGGAGAAUAUUCUUCUGAUAGCUUUCAUCAUUGAACUUAAUAAACUGACCUUAAAAUUUCAAAUGUAAAA